AUGGCCCAGCUACGGAGUCAGAGGAGACCUGGGGUCCAGUUACUUAAUAGACUCUCAACCAGCUGUCCUAUUUCCAGCUCUUCUCACUCCACUUCCUUACCUCCGCAGGUGCCAGAGGCUGCCCGGCCUGAACCCACCGGAGAUCCUACAUUUGGGGGGAGAAGUCCUGCUACAACAACAACGGCUGUCACCGCGUUGGCCGCCCGGGUGCGGCUGGGCAUGUGGGGCGUUAGGGCCAUACAAGCCCGAGGCUUCAGCUCCGAACGGUCAGACUCCGGCGCGGGCUCGAUCCGGGAGGCAGGUGGGGCCUUCGGAAAGAGAGAGCAAGCUGAAGAGGAACGAUACUUCCGAGCACGCACUAAAGAACAACUGGCAACCUUGAAGAAACACCAUGAAGAGGAAAUCACCCAUCAUAUAAAGGAAAUUGAACGUCUGCAGAAAGAAAUUGAAUGGCACAAGAAGAUCAAACAUCUAAAACAUGAUGAUGAUGAUUAA